AUGGAUGAUGAUGAUAUGACGGAUAAUACAUAUUUGAAGUUUCAACAACUACAACAACAACAACAACAACAACUACAUCAACAGAGUCAACAAACAACAUUACCAGAACUACAUGAUAUAAAGCCAAAUGUUAGACAAUGGAAUGAGGCACACUUGCUGGAGUUGCACGCCAUUUACAAUCAUCUGGCACAGCCACUAAUUGACAAGUUAGAGUCGGAGCUCAAGCGCCCCGAUUGGAAGUUCCUCUCGCAGAAGGAGGACUCAUACUGCUUUGUGCGGCCAACCAACACGCCCACCUCCAUCAACCUGAUUGUCACCAGCACAUUCGACUGUCCGCCAAAGGUGUGCACAGAUUACAUCUCCAAGUGGAGCAAUCGCAGAGAAUGGGAUCGCUUCAACGGCGAGGUCUCGGACAUCCAUUACUUCACCACAAACAAGCCAGAGCUGGCGGCCAAGUAUGGCGUGCCCUUCAACGAGAAGUACGAAGUGAUGAUGGCGCACGUCGUCACCUGCGGCAAGAUGUGGUCCAAGUUACGCGAGGUUAUUAUGUUGCAAGUGUCAGGCGUACAUCCUACCCAACCAGGAUCAAUGAUGAACAUCGCGAGGUCGGUGCCAUUCAGUGGCAUACCAGUGCGACCGGACCUGGUAAGGUUGUAUUGCCCUUUGUGGGCCUACUACUUUGAGUCAUUGGAUGGCGGCGAGCGAUCAAAGGUUACGCACGUCGUGUCGUUUGAGUUCAACAAAGAUACAUCGUCGGCGUCAGAAGUGCAUGUUGCUCCGGACAUUGCCAAGGUGGCCGUGAUCCAUGGUUUUGAAAAGGUCGCCAUCAUUGGCGAGAAGACAUUGGCGUACUACAAGCGCCUGCAGCAGGGCCAGGAGAGCGGGGACCGCGUCGACAAGCCAUUGGGCCAUCGAGGAACAAACUACUUCAUUCAAAAGGAUAUGGCUCCGAUCCCAUCACCAUUCGUAGAUCAGGCUGGCAGCGAGCAAACCACGCCACCAGACAGUGGCACGCCACAAGCUUCGAGUGAGCAGGCGAGGGUGCGACUCACCUUCUCCAAUGUGCCCGACCAAUGGGUGCACCACGUCUUGCUGCACGAGAAGGACUACCGACUCAGCACGCUCGUGCAACCAUUUGACAACAUGCGCAUUCAGUUUGGACAUUUCCACAGUUGCAAGGACAAGCUGAUGUUCAAGGCUACGUUCAAUGUGUCAUACAGCUUGUACAAGAUGAGUAAUCUGCUGCUGGCAAAGCAUCUGCGUUGGGACCCACUGAUCCACUCGUAUGAACACGUGCUCAAGGGCACGAUCCUCGUGGGAGGCGGCCCAAAUGCACCGCGCGAUCUCAUGGGUCAUCGCCUGCCACUGGUGCCCACCUAUCGCAUUCAAUCAAUCUUUCACAUUGGAUUCAUGGACAACAAGUACUACUAUUUGGAGGAACGUGACACUGGAGACAUUGUGCUGUUCAUCCUCACUUCAUCGUCGGACGACACACUGAACCCGACGACCAAGGUCGAUUGGUACUUCCUGAUCUCGCCAGAGAACUGGUACAACAAGCUGGGCGACUGUCAGUGGUGGCCAAUGGACGAGGCGCAGCAACGCGGUGGCUCAAUCAAGCAGAUCCAGAUGACCAAUCAAGGCGAGGUCGGUCUAAACCCCAACAGACAGGCUGGUGUUGGAGUCGACCCAGGCAUUCACCCGGAGUCAUUCAAGCUCACUGACUUUUUUGUUCAUGUCUAUGGCAAUGUAAACAAGCGAUUGGAGAAAGAUUGGACCGUAGAGAUGGAGGCCCUGGAAGCUCUGUCAAAGAUUUCCCUGGAUGAGAAGAUGAACCUAUCGCCGAUCACACUCGACGCCGAGGCUUCACAGAGGAAGCAUCGAAAAGACCAAGACUAUGACGAUGAGGACAGUGACGAAGAGUCCAAGAUCAAGAAGAAGCAAAGGGCGGCUUCGGUUGAACCAAAGGCAUUCACGCCAGACUCAUCAACCGCCUCCAAGUCCGUCCUCCUACCACCGUGGCUGCCCAGUGCAUUGCCAUUCGUGGGCCAGAGCCUUCAGAGCAUGGAGACCCCACCCGACCACUCAAACAUGAUGAGCCUGCCCACUGAGCUGCUCUACCUCAUCAUCUCGUACGUGUCCUGUGCUGACCUGAGCCGCCUGGCCAGCGUGUGCAAGCAACUUAAACAGGCAGCUGAGAAUGAUGGCCUCUGGUACAGCCUCUACGUCAAGUCCUUUGGCAAGUGUUGUCACAAGGAUUGUCCGCUUGAUGCCCAGCUGCCCCACAACGAGAACAUUUGGAGCCGGUUCAGCGCCAAGACUCUCCUGAGACAGCCAGAGGACCCAAUGGAUAACACUCCCGCCAGCGACGUCGUGGGCUUCUUGACCAGCGCAAAGAAGAACAAACACAAGACGAUCGACGACGGCAGCUGGAAGAGCAAGUUCUAUCUCAAGACCAAGAUGGAGGCGCUGUGGACAAUGUGUAAGCGCGAGCAUCCAUGCAGCUCGACACCCACAUUCAAUUAUGGCCCAUUCUCUGCAAUGUCCAUCAAUGACACACUGUGCUGCAGAGUGUCGCCCUCGAUGCUGGCAUUCAUCCCCAACAACAAGGACGAUCUCAUCACAUCGACCUACCUCUUCCACGACACUGCCUUCUUCUCAACCAAUCGUGGCGACUAUUACAAGAUCAACCUGUCCAACUUUAUCAACGAGAACUUCAUCAAUCGACCUGUAUCGAUUGGUCCCGACCGCGACAGCAAGGGAGGCUCGCUGACCCAGGUCGAUCAAGCACGCAACGAUGACGCGGACGAUGACGAUGACAACAAUGACGAGGACACUGACGAGCACAUCAUCGACGACCACGACGCAUUGCCACAAACAGUCUCACUCUGGAUGGAUCAAAGGAAUGUCCUCAACUCUCUGCUCUCCAACCGUGUCCUCUAUCGAUACAAUGUCGAGACCACUCAAACAGAGAGCGAGCGUAGUCUUGUAAACCCCAGCGUGCCCCUCCAGCUCUGGGACGUGGCUGGUGCCGCCCCCUCAUACAACGGCGACCGCGUGGCCAUGCACUACCGACCAUCAAGUGACGAGCAACAACAAAACCAACAAGUUUGCGAUAACCUGAUCGACAUCUUUGAUGUCGACACAUGCCAGUUGUUGACUACUUAUGAUAAACACGAGCGAGUCACCUGCACCAACCUCAAGUUCAACAAUCUGUUGGCUGGUGACGCGACGGGCGUGCUGGACCUGGUCGACUGCCACACCGGACGCCAGACAAUGGCACUGACGCCACACGACCAGGCUGUGCUAUGCUGUGGCCUGCUCAACGACGAGCACCUGGCCAUUAGCAGUGCCGCCGACAACACUCUACGCCUGUAUGAUACCCGAACAGGACCCAACGCCAUGAAGCGUUUGCACACCGAUUCCCCUGUGAGUGCAUUCGAUGUUGCGCCGCGCCGACUAGUCUGCGCCACAUCGACCUGUAUCUCCUACUGGGAUCCAAGGAAUUUAAACAAGGCCAUUGGAGAGCUCUGGAGUCCACCCUCCACCGACAUAGUCACUGUACAAAUGUCUCAAUUCAACGUACUUGUACUCUACUCCAAUGGAAUAUCACAUAUAUGGGACUUCCAUAAUUAUUAA